AUGGCAACAUCUUCAUGUCGAACCUUCACCCGCCUCCAAGAGUGGAUUGUGGGACGCAGGCGUCACUGUGAAUGGAGCCGAACAAAGACCGACCUGCACGCUUUGGUACCGACCUCGUUUCAAGAUGCUCACCACCUGCACGAAGGUGGAUCACGUGACAACGGAUGCAGCGACACUUCAGUGAAGAGCGGGCGCCAUGCAGCCAGCAGAGGGCGCCAGCACAGCCACUGCACCUCCUGCUACAGCCGACGCUGCAGGGCGCCGGUGGAGGCCGGCGUGUGCUGCGCCUUGGUCCCGUGCCGCCUGCAAUGCGGGGCGCUCUUCCACCUGUGCAAAGAAGAGGGGCACCUGCUGCUGUGCCCCAACAUCAGCGUGCCCUGCCUCAACGCCGCCUACGGGUGCCCCGCCCGGCUGAGGCGCUCCCAGCAGGCGUCCCACCUGCAGGGGUGUCCCGCCAGCGUGGUGGUCUGCGGCGCAGAGUGGAACCGCUGGCCCGCCGACCACACCGACCCGCACUGUUCCCAACGCUUGCAGGAGAACGUCCUGAAGGGGAACGAGAGCCAGGAGGAGGCCCUGGAUGUCGCCAUGGCGCUGGUGGAUCAGGAAGACCUCUUUGCCCGACUGAUGAUGAAACCUUUGUUCCCUGAACUGAUGGACCCAAAAGAACAGAAGGAGGAGACCCAGGUGGACACACUAGACGCCCUUGUACCGAUGAUUGACAGGUCAAACACAGAUGAAGGGUCCCUCACUGAAGAAGACGGUGCUUGCGAGGACGUGGUGACCACGGAGACAGAUGGGGGAGGAGCCAGGGGAUCUUUGGUGAUCAACCAGGAGAAACUGAAGCUGAGUGAGAUGAUGUUCGGGAUGGAGAGAGGCGGCUGUGCGCUGGCUGAGGCCAAGCAGAACCAAUCAGUACCAAAAUCGGACUCGGUUCAUAGAGCGGGCGAUGGUUCAAAGAGUGGCGGGAAGAAAACGAGUGUGGACGUGAAAGAAGACGGCGCUGGAGUGCUCCCAGACACCAGUAAGACGGGCCAUGCGCCGUGGCAGGAAGGGGUUCUAGAGCGUCUGAGCGAGGAUCUGAGCCCACAGGAGUACAACAUGUACAUCGUCCAUCAUGGCCGCAUGCUGAUCACGUUCGGACAUAUAGAACCGUGUACGCCCCGAGACAAGGACUUUGUCUACGGGAACCUGGAGCCCAUUCCCGUCCAGACCCUGCGCUCCUUCAAGGUUCCAGACAGCUACCACUACAAGCGGCGGCUCCAUCUGCACGACCAGGCCCCGGCCCCUACUGAGACCCGCAGCGUGGACACGUCUGAGCUCCAGGUCGGCGAGGAAGACUUCUUCGGCGACGAAGCGGCCGACACCCUGCUGGGCUACGCGGAGAGGGAGGUCCGAGGGCACAAGAUCAGCGAGUCCAAAGCAGCGGACGGGCUCUACGUGGACGUGGGAACGCAGACGCACUCGUUCCGCUCGGCGCCGUUUAAGCGUGACACCACUUUGGCGGAGGUAACGUCCGGCAAGCCGCAGAAGCUCCACCUGCGGUUGCAGGACGAGAGCGUGAGUGGCCGACACAACCGAGCCUGCUGCGUCUUCAACUUCCUGUGCGGCCACAGCUUCCUGCGUAACCAGUUCUCCUCGCAUGUCAGGAACGUCCACGCUGACAUUCAGUCAUGUCUGAGCGGUUGGUUUGUGCAGAGGUGUCCCCUGGCCUACCUGGGCUGCACCUACACCUGGAGGAGGUUCCGACCCGCCAGCCAUGACGCCUCAGUCACCUACAACCGACACCUGCGUACUUUCAACUUGCGUCCAAGCGGUGACGAUCUAUCUACAGUCGCCGGUUCCGCUCUGAGCUCGCUGCCCUUCGAGGUUCUUCGUCACGUGGCCAGCUUUCUGGACAGCCUGUCGUUGUCCCAGCUGGCUCUGGUGUGCCGCCUCAUGAGGCAGGUGUGCUGCUCCCUGCUGCCGGCCCGAGGCAUGGUCACGCUGCGCUGGGAGAGGACGUCCCGCCCUCAAGGAGCGGUCAGGUGGACGGCUGAGCCAGUGUGGGAGUUCAGUCGUCUCUUCUCCUCAGUGGACUCGUGGCGGAUGACGGACGCCCCCCCGAUGUCUGCCCACCUUAAAGUCUGUCCUUUCUAUGAGACCGCCUUGCCCAGUCAGCCUGUGGCCCUCCUCAGAGUGACCGAGGAACACGGCGGUCUUAAGACGCCAAGUCUGGUCACACAUUUCACAUCUGGACGUCUCUGAGCGACACGUACUGUCCCUUUAAACGCCCCUCAUGCUUUUUAGUGUCUAAAACUAUUAAAGAAAGUUCCUUUCCUGUAAUUGUCCCUCUUUGGAGUUCAUUUUACUUUUUACUUUCAUAUUCUCCAUGUUGUUGACAGAACCUCAGAACCCUGGGAAAUGAUGAUCAGCAUGCAAGUCUGGCCUUUGUCAUCACUGCUGGACCGUCUUGGGAACAUGAAG